AUGGGUGAACUGAGCAAACACUUUCGGCAAGUUACUAUAGGCAAAAAUUGCAGCGAUCUCUUGCAUCCCGAACAAAGCUGCACUCAGGCCUGGUGGACAUUUCUUUACCAAGGCGUGCUCGGCGGGAUGCGUCAUUUCCUGCCAGCGGUAGUCGCUCCGUUACUGUUCCGCGUGCAUCACUGGAACAAACCGGAAAUUUGGAAAAAAAAUUUCCGAGAAUAUUGUCGCUGCAUACUGGCAGGCCUGCCUAUGACCGGUGGCAGCUUUCUGGCUUUUUGUUUGCUCUACAAAAUCGUUGGAUGCUUUCCACCGGCGUGGUUCGUGAUGAUUCCUUCACUUGCCGGUGGCAUAACUGUAAACUACCUUCCGCAGCAUAUUGUUCGAACGCAAGGGAUUGGACUAUUCAAUAUGUACAUCGAGUUCCUCAUACGGCGCGCACGGAGUCCUUUAAUUGUUAAAUUGCGUAACUCAAAAAUGUUUGCCACUGCGUGUUUCAUGAUACUAAGUUCUGGAGUUAUGGCGGCACGACAACUUCUCCAGCUUGAUCGCUUUUGGUUCGCUAGUGUCGAUGGUGCAAAUCGUCACUCUCAUCGGAAGGAUAACACAAAUGGAAUGCUAUUGCUACCUUCAAUAAGUUGUCUACGGAACUUACUUUACGAAGUAAAGCAGUCUUUAUACGUUGGUCUUGCAGCUAGUGCAAUCAAAAUUCUAUUUCCAAGAAUGACAACGAUCCCACGUUCACCGUUAAUACUGUUGCGACUGUUAAUCACUCGCUUCGACUAUAGACUGCUCAGCUUCCUUAUACUUUACAAGGCAAUAUAUAAAGGAUGUAAUUGCACGUUGGGUACUUGGAACUAUUCUUUAUUAGGUUCGACACCAAUAAUGCGCGAUGCGAUAAGUGGAUUUGUGGCCGGCGUAGCAUAUCGUUGCUUCCCUAAAUACUUGCUUUUUACUUUUCCAAUUACUGAACUUGUUGAACUGAGUUGGAUGGUCUACCUACGCAUAGAGAAUUUUCCCAAACAUUCCAUAUUCUUUUGGAUUGACCGAAAAUUACCGGUUGCUAUGCUAUUGUAUACUGUUAGCUUGGGUUUGCUUUGUCACCUGCGUGUUGUCUAUCCCUACCAUACCAAUCACUACUGGCACAGAUUAAUGGCGAAUGGAACAUGGGGUCGCUCGGAAAUACUGGCACGAGGGUACGCUAGCGUUAUCUUGGGAUGUUGUUGA